UGGGUGCUACCACCUCUGGAUCCCAUCGCGUAUCGAAUUUCUCCACCCAUCCGCCGCAUUUCGGAUGGGACUGUGCGGCCACCGUUGCCGCUGACGAGCCGGGAAGGGAAGAUGGCGUAAACCCGAUCUGUUGUGCCAGUCUACGGUCCGGGUCGAAGCUCUUUACACGCCAGGGACACCGGCACACGGUUCUAGACCGGGGCCCCGUAAACCCGGCGGACACCAGAAAACGGUGCAGGACCGGCAGCGCGACAAGCCCCGGCACAGCACGAUGUCCUCACGGAGCCUGCGGAAGUUGCGCGGGGAACGGGUACAGGAGCCACUGUGCCUCCCUGUGGAGCGGGGAGAGGAGGAAGAGGAGCUGCCGCUGGAGCACACCCCGCUCCGCAAACAGCGGCGGAAAAAGAAACAGAAGGCGGCGGCUGGCGACUUGUACCGAGCGCUUAGUGAAAUUGAUGUUGAGAAAGAUGAAGCUUUUGAGGAACAUUCAACAGAAGAACCAAAUAAAAUAAACUUGACGCUCGAGGACACUUUGCCUGAGGUAGAUGAUCAAACUGAAGCUACAGAAGAAAAUAAAGAACUAGACAAGAAAACUGAUCAAUUAGAAAAUAAACUUGAUGCCUCACAGCCAAAUUCCAACAACAAACCAAAACGGAAAAAAAAGAAAAAGAAAAGCCGGAAUAAUGGCCCUAAUCCCCAGGAAAGUGCUGCUGAUGACAUUGAUAGCAUUCUGCAAGAAAUUCAGGGGCCCAACGGUUUCCAUUACCAAACUCGCAGUCUUAGUGCAGAAACAAGACCACUGUUGUGUGUUGAACAUAGGAAUCUGAAUCCAGAGACUGAACUGAAGAGGUAUUUUGGGGCCCGAGCUGUGCUUGGAGAACAAAGAUUAAGGCAGCGGCAUCGCCAGUUGCACAGGAGUACAUGGCUCACAACACAAAAAGAUGGUUGGCCACGGUUUGUUAAAACAGGAAUUUCUAUGCAAUUGUUGGAGACAAAGGGAGGAGCCCAAUAUUUCACCUUUGAACACAGCCGUGAUUAUCAGCAGACUCAGUUCAAGUUCUUAGAUGCCGUCAAUUCUAUGGAUCCAAAUAACAUUUUGGUUCUGCUCCAGGUCAACCCGCAUCAUAUUGACUCAUUAUUGCAAUUGAGUGACAUAUGUCAGAUGCAAGAGGAUCACGAAAUGGCACGUGACUUAAUUGAAAAAGCACUUUACUGUUUUGAAAGUGCAUUUCACCCUUCAUUUAGCUUGACCAGUGGAAAUAGCCGAUUGGAUUAUCGACGAGCUGAAAAUAGGUCGUUCUUCCUUGCACUAUACAAGCAUAUGAUAUUUUUGGAGAAAAGAGGCUGUCCUCGCACAGCACUGGAGUUUUGUAAACUUAUCCGCAGUCUGGACCCUGAGAGAGAUCCACUAUGUGCUCUGUUGAUGAUCGAUGUACUAGCAUUGCGGGCACGAGAGUAUGCUUUUCUGAUUCGGCUCUAUGAGGAAUGGGAGUUCCAUUUGAAUCUGUCUCAGCUUCCAAAUUUUGCAUUCUCCAUUCCACUGGCCUAUUAUCAUCUUAGUCAACAGGAAGAUCUUUCAGAAGUGGAGUCCGCUCAAAAGCUGGAACGAGCUAACCAUCUGAUACAAAAGGCUCUCAUUGUGUUUCCAAGUGUACUGAUGCCGUUACUGGAGAAGUGCAGUGUGCAGGCAGACCAGGCUGUGCUAGCUCAUAGAUUUUUUGGAUUUGAAGUACAAACAAGGCAGCCAAGUGCGCUGAAGCAGUUAGUAACACUAUUUGUUGGAAGAAAUUGGAUGCUCUGGAAAGAUGCAGGAAUCAUGGCAUGGCUGGAAGAGAAUGUAAAAGAAGUUUUAAGAAGAGUAGACGCAAAAGAUCCUCUUGUACAAGAGUCUGAGAACAAGAGAAGAAUUAGAUACCAGAAUGUACCCAGGAACAUCUACCGUCACAUUAUUCUAUCUGAAAUAAAGGAGGCUAUUGCAACUCUUCCACCUGAAGUAACUGCUCAACCAGUGAUGGGUUAUGAUCCACUUCCUCCAUUAGAUGGCAUCAUCACAUAUACCAGACCUGAAAGGGUAAAUCAAGCAACAGAUGAAAAUACUCUGUCCCUGUUCUUUCGAUCUUUGUUGCCAAAUUUUAAUCUUCAGGAGGACCGAAGACAGCAAGUGGAAGGUGAGGGUGCGGAAGUCCAACAUGAACUGAAUCAGGGAGUAAAUCGUCUUAUGGCUGCAAUGAGAGAUUUGUUGGCAAAUAUCCGAUUUCAGGAACCACCGCAGGAGGAACAUCAAGAUGGUGAUGGAGAAUGGGACUGAAAUUCCAUGUAUUAAAUCUGCAGUGAACUUUAAUCUACAAUGGUAACAAUAGCACAUUCUAUGACUGCUAACAAAGAUUCAUCACCAUUGAUAUAGACAUUAAAAGAUGAAGCAAAUAUACUUAGUUUUACGAAUAUUAUUGAUAGUACUUUUCAGUGCUAACACUGUUCAGUUUCAAUAAAUUUCAGAGAAGAGAAAAAAAUACAUAGCAACUCUUUUUAAAAAUUGAGAAAAUUAGACUUGUAGUUUGAAAAGAUAUUAGUAAGUAAUCAGGGUUUUUAAGAUCAUCUUCAUCGAGGAGAGUUCAUGAUACUGCCUAAAAUUUCAGCUGAUAAGAACAGUUGAUUUUUUGUACUAAUUGCAGUCCUAUAAUGCACAUGGAAAUAAGUAAUUAAGCAAAUGGUCUAAAAUUUACAGCAGUGCUGUAAAAUGAAAAAGAAUGCAGUUAAUAUAAGAGUUCAUAGCUUGGAUUUGCAGAAGGAAAUAACUGUCUGAUUUGCCUAGGUAUAUAUUUAAACACUACCAUUUACUGCAAAUGUAGUGUUGUACCUCCAUUUGGAAGAUUUAGGAAGAAGCCGAACCACAGAUAUUUCAGUAAGUUUGAAGAAUGAACGUGAACUGAUGGUAUGUGGGGCUUUAUUGGAGCUUGUGAUGUAAACGUGAUGGAAGAAUACAUUUAAGGAGCUGAAUCUAUUGAUGCAAGACCAGGAAAAUUAGAAGUUAACAACUAUAUUUGAGGCCUCUUGCUUUCACAAAUUCAACCUACUGAUUUUAUAAAACAGACACUAUAAUUCAAGUUGCAUUUCAAAUACACAAUUUUAAAUAUUAUAUUCACAUUACCAGAAAAAAAUUGUAAGCAUAGAUAGCUUUAACUGAGCACUCUGCUGAAAAAGUGAAGAAUAAUUUACAUUCUGUACCAUAUUUACUAUAUAUAAACAGCUAUUCCAAAUUGGAAAACAGUAAAACUAUUUUGGAUAUUUCAAAAUUGAAAUAAUUUUUGGAAAUGAAAAUCUGAAUAAGAGGAGACAUUCAAAUUUUUGUCUUGGCUUUCAUGUUCAUUUUAGCUUGCAACACACUAGUUGCUUUAGCAUCACGCAAUGUAUUGUAUCAUCAUUCCUAAAGUAUUUGAAUGCUACUAAAUUGAAAUGCACAAGAGACGUGUAGGUUUUUGUAUGUAUUCAUGAAACUUAUUUUCUAUUCCCGAAACAAAAAGAGUAAUAUUCAACCGACAAAAAUAUAAUAAUGUGUGCAACAUUGUUAACAUUAAAAGAAAGCAUUUUGGCUGUUAGAUUUUCUACAUUAUAUGUCAUAAUGGAGAAAUUCUGAUAGCAAUUUCUAGAGUACAUGCACAAUUCAAUACAGAAUUAAAGUAGCCAUUGAUAAUUUCCUGCUACCCCUCAGGUCUGCUAUCUUGUAACCUUCUGCAGUGUAAUUUGCAAAACACAGUGAACUAAUAAUAUCUUAAGGUAUAAUGUCAUAGACUUGCACCCCUACACUAAUCCCACCCUUCCCCCCCCCCGCAUUCCCAUCAAAUCCCCACAGAUUUUUACUGUCAAUUACAGAAACAAUUUACAAUGCACACUUAGAAUACUGACCCACAGUAUCUCAUUAAUCCAGUUGUGACCAAACCAGUGUGGGCUUUCUCUAAUUAAUCCAUAUUUCACUAAGUGACUGCUAAUUCUCUUCAUGAUUGUUUCAAGACAAACUUCACCACUAAAGUCAAAUUGGCUGGUAUGCAUUUACUGGGUUUAUCAUUGUACUGUCUUUUGAACAACCGUGUAACAUUUUCUACUUACCAGACUUUGACUACCAUCCCAGUAUCUGUAAGUGCUAAGAUGAUAAUAUUCAGUACUUCUGGAACAUACUGAAGAACACAGAAUGCAUCAUUCUAAUAUAGCUAACCUUUUGUGUACCUUCUCUUUAUGAAUUUUUAGCCCAUCCAUAAUCCUAACUGCAUCUUAUUUUGGUGAGACUUCAGAAGCAUUUUCUUCCUUGGCAAAAACUGAUGCAGGAUAUCUAAAUUGUUCCCUCUUCCUGAUUAAUAAUCUAUACUCUACUUUGUAGUCUCUGAUUGCCUUUGCUAUACUUCUUGCAGCCUUUCUUUUCCUGUUCACAUGCCUAUGGAAUAUUUUUAAAUUCCCUUAUUUUCUUUGCUGUAGGUUUCUUCUCAUGCUUUCUCUUGGUCUUUAUUUCCUUAUUUCACUUAUCAGAACUGUGCGUAAACAAUCUAGUUUUCACUAAUGUUAACAACUUAACAUUUGUCAUUUGACUUCUUUUAUCUUGCUGGAUUUUAUUCUCAAUCAUUUUGAUCAUCCAGGGACCAGACAUUUUUAAUGUCCCUUCAUUGCUACCAUGAACGGAUACACUCAGACCUUAUCUGAAAGCUCUCCAUCUUCAAAGACUUGCAAUUGACAGUUGUAUUUGGCAAGUUCAAUUCCAACUUUCCUGUGCCAGUCUUGUUCUCAGUAUGUUGUAUAUCAGUGAUUUAGAUGAUGCAAUAGAUGGCUUUGUUGCCAAGUUUGCGGAUGAUAUGAAGAUUUGUGGAGGGGCAGGUGGUGUUGAGGAAACAGGAAGGCUGCAGAAGGACCUAGACAGAUUAGGGGAAUGGGCAAGGAAGUGGCAAAUGAAAUACAAAGUUUUAAAAUGCAUGGUGAUGCACUUUGGUAAUAGAAAUAAAUGUGCUAUUUUCUAACUGGGCAGAAAAUCCAAAAAUCUGAGAUAUAAAGGGACUUGGUAGUCCUCCUAAAGGUUGACUUGCAGGUUGAGGCAGUGGUGAGGAAGGAAAAUGUAAUAUUAACAUCUAUUCCAAGAGGUCUUGAGUACAAGAGCAGGGAUGUGAUGCUGAGGCUUUAUAAGGCACUGGUGAGGCCUCACCUUGAGUAUUGUAUACAGUUUUGGGCUCCUCAUCUAAGAAAAGAUGUGCUAACAGUGGAGAGGGUCCAGAGGUUAUUCUUAAGGAUGAUUCUGGGAAUGAAAGUGUGAUGGCUGUGGAUUUGUACUCGCUGGAAUUUAGAAGGAUGAGGGAGGAUCUCUUUGAAACCUUUUGAACGUUGAAAGGCCUAGACAGAGUAGAUGUGGAAAGGGUGCUUUCCAUGGUAGGAGUCUAGGACAAGCGGGCACAGCCUCGAGAUAGAGGGGCGUCCAUAUAAAACAGAUGCGGAGAAAUUUUUUCAGCUAGAGGGUGGUGAAUUUGUGGAAUCUGUUGCCACGUGCGGCUGUGGAAGCCAGGUUGUUGGGUGCAUUUAAGGCAGAGAUUGAUAGGUUCUUGAUUGGGUACGGCGUUAAAGGUUAGGGGGAGAAGGACAGGGAAUGGGGUUGAGGGGGUUGAGGGGGUAAAAAAGAAUCGGCUAUGAUUGAAUGAUGAAGCAGAGUCGAAGGGCCGAAUGGCCUAAUUCUGCUCCUAUGUCUUAUAUUCUCUAAUUUAAUUUUUUAUAUAUAGAUAUCUUGGCAUGAUCUGUAUCCUCUUCUAUAGCUGUCUUAAACAUUGUAUUAUGAUCAUGUUUUCAGGGUAUUCCCUACAGACAUUUGCUCCAUUUCACCUGGUCAAUUUCCCUAAAAAAAAGUACUUUCACUGCCUCUCCUUUCUCUCUUGUAUUUCCUGAAUAUCUUGUAUCAAGGAAUAUUGAGAACUAAUUCCUUUUUAUUGUAAUUGCUACCAUAGUAUUCUCUCAGCAAUUGGGAGCCAUGGGGUUUCUCUUUGCAUGACUCUUAUUGGAGAAUUGUUCAAAAAAAAGUUACUGUACAUCAUACACUGAUUUUCUAUGCAUAAGCCUUUAAAAUAAAUUACCGAACUAUAUCUCCACUCCUUACUCAUUUAAAUAAUAUUUUACAUGGCAGUUCUACAUUAUGAAAGUAAGUGGUAUGUAUUAAUUAAAAUACAGCAGAAUAAAUUAUUUUAAUGUCUAUGCUCAUUAUCAGAAUUAUGUACAAAAUUUUCAGAUUAUUUCUGCUGUUCAGCCUACAACUGCUCUGCCCUUGUACAUAAAUUUUUAAAUAGUUUUCACUCAUUUUGCACAUCACUUGAAAUAAAAUUAUUCUUUGUGUUACUGUCAUAAAAUCAAAUUGCUAAAAUUCUUAGAAAUUUUUGCCUGUUGAAUGUGUAUUGCAGAUCUAUAAAUAGAUGCAGUACUGUAGUAAUCCCAACUGGUUAAUUGCACGGUGACUCAACCAGCCUGUUGAGUAUACUACUUGAGUUUACCAAGUAUGCAUGUAAGGGUACCUUAGACCUUGGACCCCUUGGGUCUGGUCCUGUCUUUGAAAAAAACUCCCUAUUUCUACUGGUAUUAUUUAUCUCUUGAUCUUUCUAGUAUGUUUGUUUUUGAGGUCAGUUGUAAGCAGCAACACUUUAGUGCUGAAUACAAAAUUUAAAGACGGAUAUAGACCAGAUUUGUACUAAAUGUACUUAGAACUUGUGUCAUCUGUUCUCUCUGUUUGUAUUUUAAUACCAAACCAUGCCUGGAUUGCAAGGAGAAUGUUAUUCCUUUGGGCUUGGUAUGAAUAAAAGCUAAGAUGCUUGAGGAAAUUUAGGGAUCUGUUGUUUAAUCAGUUAGACAAGGCAAUACUUGGGAACAACUAUAAUGAUUUCCAGUAAAGAAUAUUGGAGUUUUCUAAUUUGCUUUUGAAAAGAUAGUGAAUGAGAGAAAUCUGAUAAGUUAAUUUAUAAAUUAUCUGAGUCAGAGUUGUCCAGCACAGAAAAAAGUGCUUUUCAGGCCAACCAUAUCACAACAUCUGUUGCACCCAUCUAUUUCCAUUUCACAAAGUUUAGGAAGAUUUUCUAGAAAACAAAAUCCCCUGGAUGUAAGGGUAAUAUACUACAAUGGAUUGUAAAUGGGCUGAUGGUUUAUAGUCAAAGUGGUUAUUAGUGGAUUUGCUAAUCAUGAACACAAGAUUCUGCAGAUGCUGAUGAUCCAGAGUAACACACACAAAAAUGCUGCAGGAACUUAGUAGAUCAGCAGCAUCUAUGGAGAUGAAUAACAGCAUGAACAUCAGUUUCUCAAAUCUCUGGUAAUUUCUACCUCCUUCCUCUUCUCUCUUGCUUCAUUUCUUAUUCUGACUCACUUCUUACCCCAUUCUCUUUACCUGCCUAUAACCUCUCUCUGGUGCCCCUCUUCCUUCCCUUUCUCCAGUGGUCCAUUCUCCUCUCAAGUCAGAUUUCUUCUUCUUUAGCUCUUUACCCUUUUCACCUAUCACCUCACAGCUUCCCACUCCAGCCUCCCUCCCCUACCCACCCC